AUGACUUGUCUGGCUAUUGUUUCUCAGUCGGAGGAUCUUGGUGCCUGUGCCCAGUUUGAGAGCAGCAGACAGAACAGAAAUAUGAUGCCUAGUGCCAGCUGUGUCUUCCCUACCUUCACCCUACGAAAGCCCUCCUCGGAGACGGACAUUGAGAACUGGGCCUCCAAGCACUUCAACAAGCACACCCAAGGGCUCUUCCGGAGGAAGGUCUCCAUUGCCAACAUGCUGGCCUGGAGCAGCGAGUCCAUCAAGAAGCCCAUGAUCAUGACCACCGACCGCAACGUCAAGAAGGAAGCCUGUGAGAUAUUUAAACUGAUUCAGAUGUACAUGGGGGACCGGCGGGCCAAGGCGGAUCAACUCAACGUGGCUUUGGAGAUCGCCACCAAAGGCUGGAGCAUGCAGGGUCUGAGGGACGAGCUGUACAUCCAGCUUUGCCGGCAGACCACUGAGAACUUCCGUUAUGAGAGUCUGGCACGGGGCUGGGAGCUAAUGGCUAUUUGCCUGGCCUUCUUCCCACCCACUCCCAAAUUCCAUUCCUACCUAGAAGGAUAUAUUUACCGGCACAUGGAUCCGGUGAAUGACACCAAAGUGACUCAGCACAUUAAAGAGCUCCUGGAAAGGAACAGUAAGAAGAAAUCCAAAUUGAGAAAGAAACCCAAGCCCUAUAUCGAAGAGCAUGAUGGGGUGGCAAUAAGCACUUACGCCAAGUACUGUUACAACAAGCUCCAGAAAGCAGCCUUGACAGGAGCAAAGAAGGGCCUGAAGAAGCCGAAUAUUGAGGAGAUCCGGCAUGCAAAGAACGCAGUGUUCAGCCCCUCCAUGUUCGGGAGCUCCCUGCAGGAGAUCAUGAACAUGCAGAAGGAGAGGUACCCGGAUCGGCAGCUCCCCUGGGUGCAAACCAGACUGUCUGAGGAAGUGCUGGCGCUGAAUGGAGACCAGACCGAGGGCAUCUUCAGAGUGCCUGGAGAUAUCGAUGAGGUCAACGCCCUCAAGCUGCAGGUCGAUCAGUGGAAAAUCCCCACCGGCUUGGAAGACCCUCAUGUUCCUGAGCUAACAAUGCAGAACAGCGUCAUCUACUCAGAGCGCAGCAAUUACAGCCACGGCAGGUUUCCGGAGGAACCGCAGCAGCUGCAGGAAAACGUCGCUCUGGGCAGCGCAGGGAGCAGCAAAGCACCGGCCACAGACGGGCACUGGCACAACCAGGUGGAUUUUGUCGGCGGUGCGUAUCGAGGCACAAAGCCCUGGAACUGGGUCACACAGCCUCAGGGCAAGUGGAAGCUGAAUGACAGCCAGAGAAUAUGGGAGACGCAGGGGAAGGAGACAGCCUUUGCUGGUAGAGAAUGUGCUGCCACGCUCAGCCCAGAGGUGGCUGCAUUGCAGCGGCAGGUGUUCGUGCAGCCGGCUAACGUGGCGGUCACCAAGAUGGACGUCAAUAACCUGGCCAUGGUGAUGGCCCCCAACUGCCUGCGCUGCCAGUCCGAUGACCCGCGAAUCAUCUUCGAGAACACCAGGAAGGAAAUGUCCUUCAUCCGGGUGCUGAUCCAGCACCUGGACACCAGCUUCAUGGAGGGGGUCCUAUAGCGGCGAGCAGGGGGAGGAGCCAAAACCAAAUCUGACGACGACCACAACCCACCCAACCCCCAGGUCAAUCAGCCGACGAGUGCGAGCCAGACACCGCCAAGGGAAGGACAGGGCAGCCCUGGGCAGGGCCUCUCGUCCCCGUCACACCGUGUCCCCAGCGCCAUGUCGACCUGGCCUAGUCCCGCCUCUCUCGCCCCAGCAUCUCUCGUCAUCCUUUGCCCUCUAGUGUCAUACAGGAAGUGGUGGCGGGAUCCCGCCAGUGCUACUGGCCAAGCGACAGCCGCCCUCCCCUGAACCAGACCUCUGGAGAUGUCGCUGCCCAUUCCCCCAGCCAAGCCGCCAUGGAGCAGCCUGCAGGGUUAGCCUGGCAUGGCGGCCACCUGCAGGUGAGGCUCAGGAGUCCUGCCCGGCGUCCUGGGCCUGCAGCCACUAUGGGGAUGUGGGAUGCCGGGCCUUGCCCCCGCUCUCUCGCAGACAGGCGUCCAGGAGAGCCACUCCCAGCACGCCACGUGCUUCCUAGGGGAGGGGGGCGUUUAAGAUGGCAGCGUGGAUGGAGGGGGAGAUCAGAAUAAGCCAGCGAGCAUCACCAAGGCCUCCCAAUGCUCCUGCCCUGGGGCCAGCGCUGGCUGGGAGGGUGGGUAGGACAGUCUCCAGGCAGGGACCGCAGAGUGGGUAUUUGCAGCAGUCCCACCCAGCCUGGGAGCUAGGGGAUAUCUGGCGGGAACAUUCAUGUGGAAUAAGGUAUGGAUCUGUCUGGUAGGAUAAAACCCCUUGGUAGGAAGGGGUCUAAGCCCCAUGCAGGCCCCAUCAGCCCAGCCCCCCAGUGAGAAGAGGGACCCCUUUAUGGCAGGAGGAGGGGGCCAAAACCAACUCCAAGUUCUCAGGGCAAAGCUUGUGGUCAGGCGUCUCCGUGACCCAGAGCCGUUUGCAGCCGGUGAUGUCACUUCCCCUUCCUUUCCUCCUCUUCAUCAGCUGCUUGUAAGCCCAGAUCUGAUGGCAGCGUCUGUUGAGAGGGGCUGGGAGGGCGGGUUGUCGACUGAGCAGUGAUUGAUUCUCAAACCCUGAGACCUACCAGCCCUUUCUAGACAGGAUCUCUACGCCUUGAACGUAACCCCCCGCGGGGAGGCUCAGGGCAGGGCAGAAAGCUAUGACUCUGCAGCUGUUUUGUCCUGGUGUUCGAUUCACGCUCCCGGGUGCUGCCUGGGCUCCCGUUCCAGAGCAGGACAGCCAGGAGGGGCCGGGCUUCAUUUGCCAUUUGGGCUGCGGCUGGCGCAGGGCUCGGCUACGUCUCAGCAAACCCACAACCCGAGCUAGAAGGGGAUUGUCCCCGGCUUUUCCUGACUCCCCUCAGCAGUGAGCCGUCUCUGCCUGCCCUAGAGAGGGCGACAGUGCCUAGCCCGAGCCGGCAGAGGGUGUGUGUCCCAUCGGCUCCACCUGCAGACGAUGGAUUUAACCAUCAGCCAGGGAUAGAAGAAUGACCAUCCUGUGUAUGGGUAGGGCGAGUUCACUUCCGGGGUAUUUUGCCCAUGUGGCCCAUGCAUCAGCAAUAACUCCAUCGCUGAUUUCCAAGACAACAUCUGCUCGGUCUCAACCCAGACAAGGCUGGCGCUGGCCGGCGCUGCGUGCGGCAGGUCAGGCCCCAGCUCGCUGGGCCCCAGCUCCAUCAGCUCAGCCCUGCGGAGGGGAGUUGUUUUGAGCAGGGCGCCAUUGGAAGAGACGUGCUGUCGGGAGUGGGUGUGGAGAGUGCCAAGGAGCUGGUGUCACAGCAGCACCCGGCGUGCCAAACCCUUCCACUGUAGCAAUCUCCCGCCUGGGCCGUGUCAGGGCUGUAUUCUGCCGCAACAACCAGGGCAAGGAGGCUGCCGUGCUGAACCAUGGCAAAGAGCAAGGCCUUUAAAGCACUAUUGGUGGAGGUGCUGGCUCCUGAAGGCAGAGAGAGACCGAGGGGUUCUCUCCUGCUGUCAGACAAUGAAAAUUUCGGUCAAGCUUGUGAAAAUCCCACCUGGCAACACGUUCUGGAUGGCCCUUGGCAUCAGCCCCAGCGAGGCGUCGUGGGCUUCGGGAUCACCGGCUCAGAGGGCUCUGGGACCCAAGGCGGAGCUGAAGUCAUCAGCAGUGCCAGUUUUCUCUCUUCCUUGCCGUCUGGAGGGUCUCCAAGGCUGAUGGCUGCCGUUGCUCUGUGGGAGCUGGGAGGCUGGUGGGAAACGGUUACAAUCCAGCUAGUUCCCUCCCCUCGAGGGGCUCUCCUUGGGACAGUCAGGACCGAUGCAGGCUGGACUCGGGGCUCUGAAAGUAGCCCUGGCGUCUCCGCCUCCCCAUCUGACAGGGGCAAAAUCCCUUCUUGUCGAGCCGCCUGGCGAGUCUGAAAUGCCCACCUGAGCCCCAGCAUCUCCACGCUCCGGUGCCUUCUGCAGUCGGCCCGUUGCCCAGCUGCCACCCCCAGGCCUGCGCUCGAGCAGAUAUCCAGCUCUAUCCGCCUUGACCUGAGGCCGGUUCCCUCCUAAGGGUCUGUUGGCCUUUAGAGUUCACAUGUAUUAAAAUGGAGUCCAGCUCAGGACGCAACCAAACCUGCCCCUGAGCAGCCCGGUGGUGGCCCUGGGCUGUGUCUCUGGCUCUGCAGUGCACCGUCCCAUCUCCCUGUUUUUAUAGCGCUCCCCAGUUUAACCCUGAGCUCCUGGCUCGUGCCCCCCACCCCCUGCAGGAGAGUUAACCUCUUGGGUGCUGGCGCUCAGGCAGGGACCCUGUGCCCUACCACCUAGGUUUACAUUCCUCCACGUUAACUCUCUUCUCCUCAGCCUCUCUCCCAGCUCUGCUCUUUAACCCACAGCCCUGCUUCCGUGGGAUCUCAGCGGAGGAACUGGGUUUUCUGUCUGACCUCUGUUUGCUUGAUGAUUCCUGUUAAUGCUGGGAAUCAGACUCUUGGCAGC